AUGGCCUAUCUUAUUUUCACACGUGCUGCUGUUUUGUGUAUCUUACUAUUAUCAUCUUACCAAGUUGGUGUUGCAAUGAUGGAGGAAAAAUUUACUGAUCCUUAUGCGACCGUAUAUAUUUAUUCUGGUCGUCCGAAUCCACGUUGGCAACUAUCUCUUGAAGAAUGGCAACAAGUAAAUCAAUUGAUUCAAACAUUACCGAAUUCAGGUAAAGAAAUAGAAGGUCCUUAUCAAUUUAGUGGUGGUUUGGGUUACACUGGCUUUUAUGCACAUUUCUCAAUAGUUUCAAGUUAUCCUGAUAUUUAUUAUGUGGCUGCUCAUAAACAAGCAGUUUUAUCGAAUCCGGGUGGACAUUUUAUUUUUAAUGACAAAUGUAAACUUGUUGAACAAUGGUUUAUAGAUAGUGCAAAAAGUCAUGGCAUUCAAUUGCCAUUACUAGACUAA